AUGGCAAUGAUGAUCUCUCCAACUGCAACUCCUACCAAUAGUAAUACAUGUACUACUACUACUAAGAGAUCUACUCGAUCCGAGUGGCUGUUAGUGCUAGCAGUGUCAGUUUGUUUUGUGCUGCUGGAUGUGAGUUACUUGGCAAUAAGAAAUUCCAGUCCUUCCAUUCCAAGUGCUGCUAGUGUUACUACUGGUAUUGUUAAAAGUGGUAGAAGACAACUGGGAGAGACAAAGAAGAUUGAAGAAACCCAAUAUGUGGAGUUUGACGCCAAGGAUCGGAUCAGCAAGCUACGUAUGUUUGCACUGAGUGAUUAUACCGUGUUGGGUCCAACGCAGUUUCCGACUCCCACGCGUUGCAUCCAACGAUCUCUGGCAUCUGGCACUGGCAAUAGCGGUGGUCCCACAGUAGUAGAAGUGGCUCCCAUUAUCAAACCCGUCUUGGGCCAACACCGUUCCGAUCAUGAUGCUGUCUUUGCCUUUGCCGCCGAAUACGACUUGUCCAUUUACCAGGGAUUCAUCUUGUCGUUGCGAAAAACGGGAUUCCAAGGUGACAUUGUCUUGGCCGUUUCACCACUCGAUUUGGCCAAUCCCGAUACCAACGAUAAACCGACCGAUCGACAAAUCCAAUUGCACUCCUUUUUUGCAUCUGAUCCACACGUAAUCAUCUACGUGGUUCCCUUUGUCUGUUACAAUGCCGAAGGACAAUCCACCGAAUCUGCCAAGGGUGGCAUUCGCAUCUGUCAUUGUCACGUCUUAUAUGGAACACGCAAUGUCACUCAACCCAAUAAGGAUCGACACAUUGAGUAUUCGGCCACCGAAUGGAAACCCAUUCCGGACUUUCGAGAAGCACGGCCCGUUGCCACUACCCGUUACGAACUCUAUUGGAUUUGGAGUACCCAGUAUCAACCUCAUACUUGGCAAAUGCUCGUCGAUGCCCGGGACACCUUCUUUCAAGAAGAUCCCUUUGCAUCCGUACCACGAGAACCAAACUUGCAACGAAAAAAUGGUGUCAUUUUCUUCUUUGGGGAAAACGCAGAAGCCACUCGCAUUGGAAAAUCCGACAAGAAUCGAAAAUGGUUGACCAACGCAUACGGGCUCAAAGUCAUUCGAGCCAUGGAAGACAAACCUACAAUCUGCUCGGGGGCGACCAUGGGAGAACAAAUUGCACUCGAAACAUAUCUCAGAGCCAUGGUCAAUGAAUUUGAUGAAACCGAAAUUAGACUCAUGGGAGCCGAUCAAGGAUUUCACAACUACCUCUAUUACAGUGGAAAACUACAAUACGCCGAACGCAUUCGAUCCAUUACCGUUUUUGAUCAAGGACGCGGCAUUGUCAACAAUAUGGGUGCCAUGCGGACCAAAGAACCCAACGAAUGGGGCAAUGGUAAACUCAUUCAGACGGAAGCGAAAUCGGGAGAUCAAGUCGUAUUCAAUUGGGAUGAAACCAUUAGUCCCGUCGUGCAUCAAUUUGAUCGAUUCAAACCCCUCGGACGAUUCUUUUAUCGGGUCAAAACCAAAGAGUUGGCCAAGGAUUGGGAACAGCGGCAAGCUGACAAGAAGAAAAAGAAGAAAGUAUAG